AUGCCCAUCAAUCCGCUUGUACCGCGGGUAGAGAAGCAAGUAGAGUACGUAGAGAAGAUCGUCGAGAGAACUGUGGAGAAGGAGGUCAUCGUGGAGCAAGGGCCAAGCCCAGAGGAGGUGGCCGCGAUGGAGGCCCAGCUGCGGCUCCAGAACGAGGAAGCGCGGCAGAAGGCCGAGGCAAAGCGUCGUGAGGUUGAGGCUUUGCGGGAUGUGGCUGAGUCAGAGAGGUUGCGCUUGAUGGCCCAGAUUGAUGAGCAGGAACAAAUUUCAAUGCAGGAGCAACAGCACAAACUUGAGCUCCAGGCGAGGUUGUCGCAGAUGGAGAUGAAGAUGGUUCAGGGGAAACAGAUCAUGGAGCAAGCCAUCCAGCAAGAAGAGGACCUGAAGAGGCAACAGAGACGACUCCGGAAGCAGCAGGAAAGAGAAGAAGAGCUGAAGCGCCAAGAGGAGCAGCAGAGGCAAGAAAACAUGGAGCUGGAAGAGAAAUGUGCUUCGCAAGAGGAGCAGGUGCAGAAGCUCACCACGAAGCUGCAGAAGCUCUGGGACAAGUAUCAGAAAGCGCAGCAAGAGAUGGUGGACAUUCAGCACUUCAAUCAGCAGGAACGCGAGGAGAUGCUCUCGAUGAUUCGUGAUCUCCGGCAAACAUUGAAGCUGAAAUCCUUGAUCAUGGAGUCGUUCGUGCCCAUGAAGGAGAUCCAGAACACUCAAGAGCGUGCUGUUUGGGAUCCUGAAGAAGACGAAUGGAGAAUUGCUCCUAUUGCAUUGGACAAGGAGAAUCGGCCGCAGCGACCAGGAUCUGUUCUGGGGCUGCCCAGGCCCACCUCGGAGUUCACACGUCUCAACCGAGCCAUGGGUGAUGCAAACCCAAGGUACAUGUACGACUCCAUCCUCAUCACUGACUUAGACUUGCCUGAGCGGACAACAGAGGACUACGAGGCAGCUUUGGCCGGAAAGAGGCGGGAUGGUUGGUUGGUGUUGCAAGUGCUGGAGGACGUGUGA